AGGCGCGUCGCUAUAUGUGUCCUGUUAGGAGUGUGUGGCGGAUGUGUCGAGUGUAGCCGCGGUACAUCACUUGAGCGAGCAAAGUAUUACAAAACACGGAUUUCCAAGAUGAAGAAGCAAAUCAUGAUCAAGCAUUCAUGUCCACAGAGUAUCGUCAGGAGCCCAAAGGUGCAGACUGUCGAAGACCGGGACACUCUGUGGGGAUCUUAUAGUCAGUUUUCCUCACCCCUUAAAAAGCCAUAUGAGUACAGUCAGCAGACAGUACCUGACCUCCCUCUGGGUACAGUGAGCCCGGAUGAGCAUAGACUAAGGAGUUCUGAUGACAGAAGGGACACCUUGAGGUAUUUGGGAAAGGUUGGCCUAGAGGACAACAUAAGACCAGUUUAUGGAGACAAGACUCCAGUCCUACAAGAGUGCUGCUACAGGAGUCAAACUGGUGCUGCAGAUCUCGAAGUGGUGGAGACCUUACUUUCAUUUUCAAAGCUAGAGGCUGCCCGGUGGAACAGCCAAAGGUGUCACACAUCUGCCUUGGAGUUGCCGCCAUCCCCGCCAUCCUCACAAGGCGGAGUCUCCCCUCGUCACCCCCUCGAGUCUGAUGUCGAGGAGGCUUGUGAUACUAUGCAUCUUCGCAGGAGGACUCCAACAAAAGAUCCUGAGUUCGGCAAUUUCCAGAGCCUAAUGAGUCAGACUCCACCUCACAUUCCCUGCACACCACCCCAGUCACCCAGCCCUGCCCCUUCCAGUCAUGACUCCAGAGCAUCUACACCAUCUUCAUUAUCUGGAGUGCCUGUGUCUGUUAUAGUUAAGGCAGAAAGGCAACCACAACCAACUUUUGAGAGAACAAGAACACUGGCUGAACGUAAAGUAUAUUACCCUGACUACUCAAGGUUUGGGUCAAAUUGUGAAGGGGACUUCGACGGUGAAGAAUUGUCAUCAUCUUUACCAGUUCAUUUAGCCUUCAACAACAGCAAUGACCAGAAAUACCAAACACCCCCAAGAAAUAUCAAUACUGCACAGGAGCAAAUAUUUGUGCACUCCAAGGACACAGACCGUGAAGACAGCGAGUCAUCUAGAGAAAGUUUAAAUGAAAAACCCAUCGUACCUGAACUUAAAAUCAGCCUCAAUGAUUCUGUAUCUACAAAUAUAUCAGCCAAAGCCCCACAAUAUAGUAAUAAGUUGGUUGCUAUUGCACCAAAAAUACAAUCUCUGAUACCUGUUAAUUCAGGCACUUCAGUGAUUUUUGCCCAGAUUAAUGGUUCACCAACAGUGAUUCCCACCACAUCAUCAGGCAUUACACAUUUGAUCGUCACCCCUGGAGGAAAUGGUACUUCAGGAUCUCAAGUUAUCUCGCCUAUACUCUUAUCUGCGCCAUCACCCCAGCCUCUACAUGAAGACAGGAAGAGAACAUUCAAAUGUACAUAUAAAGACUGUGAUAAAACUUACUUUAAGUCAUCUCAUUUAAAAUCGCACAUGAGAUCACACACUGGUGAAAAGCCUUACCAGUGUUCCUGGGAGGACUGUGAAAGGCGGUUUGCAAGAUCAGAUGAGUUAUCACGUCAUAAGCGAACACACACAGGAGAAAAAAAAUUUGAGUGCACUUCAUGCAAGACAAAAUUCAUGCGUUCUGAUCACUUGGCAAAGCACAUGAAGAGGCACACCCGCCGCCGUAUUGGGGUUCCUGUGGCUCCAAAAGUAUCAACUCUUGCACCUGCUAUUAGCUUUGUAACAGUUCCAACCUUACCCCAGUGACCUGAUCUCCUUGUUAUAGUUUAUCUUAAGUGCUAUUUGUAUUAAUGGUGGAAACUAUCUUACCUAAUGGACCAAUGACUAGAUUUAAGUAAAGAGGUUUUGAUGUCCAGUAAGUUUAAAAUGGAAAUAAUUUUUCUAACUAGUUUUCAACCUUGUAAAGGGUAACAAUUGUGUAAAGAAGCUUAGCAUUUUAAUAUGUAAAGUUUUAAAGAUAAUUAUGUGCACUUGUGCAAGCCCUUAAUGAUCGUAAAGAUCAAAUAAGUUAGCAGUUAAUAUAUCACAGAUUGAUAGAAAUAAUGUACAUGUUUUCCAUUUACAUGUCAACUUUAAAAGGAGACAUUAAUUUUACACUUUCAAGUCUUACAAGUGUGAAAACUUUUUACCAAAUUUAAUGUGAUACCUAUUUAUUUAAUGUAUGUGAUUUUUCACAUCCAAAAGUAGAAUAUUUUAUAUUCUUUCUAAUAUAACCCCUUUAAGUGGGACAUA